UGAGCAGUGAGUUUACUCUCAGAUAAUAGAUUAAAUUAGACAAGUUUCAUUGAGGACUUGGACAAUCCCAUCAUCUCUCAAAGGUUUUUUUUUUGGAUGAAUAUCUCUCAAAGUAUUAGGUAGCCUCAUUGUUGACAUCCUUUUUGGGCUGAAAACAUGAAGGGAAACAAGCAAUCUCCAACCACUGCCCAUGUGUCUCUAAAAGUCUAAGCCCUUCAUGACUUCCGUCUCUCUCGUCGCCAUUAAUUGUUUUCUCAAUAGACAGACCCAAUUUCUUUUGACCUUUUCAAUUUAUAUGUAUGAGCUCUGACGUGUUGGGGAGAGAGAGAGAAGAAGAAGAAGAAAAAUGGAGUGAGAGCGCUGGUACGAGAAGAAGGGGAUAUGGUGGAGAGAGAGCGAGAGGGAGAGAGUUUGGGAAAGAAAGAAAAUGAAUGAGAGAGAAGUAGUUAGUCCGGACUCUGGGAUAUGGAAAGAAAAUGGAGAGAGAGAGAGAGAGAACUUGAAAAAGAUUAUUUCUGAAGGGUAUUUUUGUCGAAGGAAGAAUUUAUCAAAAAAUAAAAUGCGGAAAUAUAUAAUAUGAUUUCAUAUAUUUAUGUUUUUUAGAGUUUCUAAUUUGUAAUGAUUUGAAUGAGGAGAUCCAUCAGACUACGUACUUUGCCAACUUGAAUUCAACACGAACCUUGGAAAGACCAAGUGGCAAAGCUCAAAUUUGGUUAUAAUCUACCAAAUUUAACCACUGAUGUAUAAUACAGAUUCCACAAUUCAGAAUGGAUAGAAUCCUUUUUUCGGUAGACCACUUACGAUGAAUCCACAGCCUUCUAAUCCAAACCUGAUGGAACACUUUACUUCAUUUAUGAUGAAUCCAACUUAGUAAGAUAACAACGUGUGGCCUAAUAGGUAAAGGAUUUUUGUGAACCAGAGUAGCCAUCACCUACUUACAAUAAUUGAUGAAGAAAAGACAAGGUGUUGUGUCAGGCUCAGCCUUUUUUUUUUUUUAAUGACUAAAAAUAAAAAGAACAUAAAUGUUUUUGCCAAGUUCAGUAGCUCACCAUAUCAAGCUUUCAAGUUACAAAUUAAUCUCUGCAAGAAGGAGGCCAUGGGUUGUUUGGAGGAAUAUGGGCCUUUCAUGGCUAUGUUGACCUUGCAAUUCACCUCUGCAGGUAUUGCUCUAUCAACACAAGUUGCUCUUGAACAUGGAAUGAGUACCAGAGUCUUUGUGGUUUACAAGCUAGCCAUUGCAACUCUAGUAAUUGCACCCAUAGCUUAUUUCCUUGGAAGGAAAAGGGAAAACAGGACAGCCAUAGGAGCAAAGGUCUUCUGUAUGAUUUUUAGAGCUUCACUUAUUGGGGUAACAGCAUUCCAAAAUUUAUAUUUUGAAGGCAUACAUUUGGCAUCUUCUUCUGUGGCCACAGCGAUGAUUAACCUUGUCCCUGCAACUACUUUCAUUGUCAGCGCUUCUCUUGGAUGGGAGAGAGUAGAUAUAAGAAGUGGAAGAAGCUUGGCUAAGGUAAUUGGGACCUUCCUGUGUGUGAGUGGAGCAAUUUCAAUGUCUCUAUUGAAGGGUCCAAAACUAUUGACUACCAAAUUUCCAAGUGAAUCAUCAUCAGUUUCUCUCUUUGGUAACAAUAACUGGUUGAUAGGUUGCCUCCUUAUCAUGGGGAGCAUCUGUUGUUGGUCAUUUUAUAUUAUUUUUCAGGUUCCCAUGUCAAAGCACUAUCCUGAUCCUGUUUCUUUAUCUGCUUGGAUGUGUUUCCUGGGUACUUUACAGUCAGCUAUUCUGACAUUCUUUUUAGAAUCUGACCCAACUGCCUGGAAUCUCAAAUCCAACAUUGAAUUUUUCUGUGUUCUUUAUACGGGGAUUGCAGGACCUGCACUAUCAUAUUUUGUCUUAUCUUGGUGCAUUUCCAAGAAGGGACCACUCUUCUCAGCAACAUUCAGUCCUUUGUGCACUGUGAUUGUGGAUGUUUCUGCUUGUCUAUUUCUUCAUGAGAAGCUCUAUACAGGGAGUUUGCUAGGUGCAUUGGCUGUUGUGGCAGGGUUAUUUGCUGUACUUUGGGGUAAAGCCAAAGAUGUAAUAGACACAGAGAAAGAAGGGAAGAUGAUAAAUGAAUCUUGGGAGAGUUGUAAAAUUGAUCUGCAAGAACCCUUCCUAACUGAAAAAUCUCAUGAUGUUCAUGGGAGAUGAAAUUUGUGUUUUGGAGAAGAAAGAGAUGAAACAAUGACUAAUCAAAGUGUUGAUGAAAAGAAGGCUACAUUUUGUGCCAUCAAAACCAAUUUGGUGUAUUAUCUUUAUUGGA